CUCUUUCAUCUGCUGCUGGGCUUCCUGGCUGCUCUGACGAACAUCUGCCCGUUGGCAGGUUGCGCUGGUAAAUGCGCGUAAACACCAGAAGCAGAAGAACUCCCAGCACUGCGGACGCUUCAGAGUCACGGCGGGCGGUCAGACAUGUGACUUGCGUUUGGGGUAGAAGGCCAGAGACAUGCGAACAGGACGCGGCUGAAUGAGAGCGAAGCAACACGGGGAAGACGUGGAGGAGGUGCAGCUCCAGCUCCAGCGGCCAACAUCCUUCUCUCCUUUAGCUUUGACUUUGAGGGAAAUGCGGACGUGGUGGGCCCGUGAAGUUGUCCGAGUCGACUCCAGCAGCGCCUAACUUCCCUCUGGCGUCUCUGACGGCGGUCUGAGAGCAGUAGCAGUGUGGUCGUGUUGAGCGGCAGCGCCUCUGCUCGGGUGUGAUAUCCUCCUCCUCCUCCUCCCUCCUCCUCCCUCGCGGAAUCACGAGUUCGCCCUCCGCUUCUUCUUCUUCUGUCUGCGGAAACGUUUGGACGGAACAGUAUGUUGUCCAGACUGAGUGAGUGGUUCUGGAAUGAGAGACUAUGGUUUCCCGAGGGUUUGGGCUGGGCCGACCUUCAGGAUCGGGACGGUCACACGUACGCCAAAGGAUCUGACCUGUGGGCCUCCCUGCCCAUUGCGCUCAUAUUCCUCAUCGUACGGCAAAUCUUCGAAAGGACAGUGGCUGUUCGGCUGGCCUCAGUGAUGGGCGUGAAAGAGAAAGUGCGAGUGCGGGCUGCACCUAACCCAACCCUGGAGGCUUUCUUCUGCACCACAAGCAAACAUCCUGCACAGAGUGUGGUGGAGAGUUUAAGUAAACAAACAGGCUAUUCAGAGCAGCAGGUCCAGAGAUGGUUCCGGAGACGGCGGAACCAGGAGCGACCCAACCAGCUCAAGAAGUUCAGAGAGGCCAGUUGGAGAUUUACGUUUUACCUUCUUGCUUUCCUUGCUGGCCUGGGCGCCCUCAUUGACAAACCCUGGCUCUACAAAAUGGAGGAGAUGUGGAAUGGCUUCCCAGCGCUGACUCUGCUGCCCUCUCAGUACUGGUACUAUAUGAUUGAACUGGGUUUCUACAUUUCACUUCUUUUUAGCGUGGCAUCUGACGUGAAGCGAAAAGACUUUAAGGAGCAGAUUAUUCACCAUGUGGCCACUAUACUCUUGAUCAGUUUCUCCUGGUUUGUGAACUACCUUCGAGCUGGAACUCUAAUCAUGCUGGUGCACGACACCUCAGACUCUCUGCUAGAGUCAGCAAAAAUGUUUAACUACGCCGGCUGGAGAAAGACAUGUAACUACAUCUUCAUCGUUUUUGCUGCUGUCUUCUUCAUCACGAGACUUGUGAUCUUGCCAUUCUGGAUCAUGCAUUGUACGUGGGUGUAUCCAGUGACCAUCUAUCCACCAUUCUUUGGUUAUUAUUUUUUUAAUGGGCUUAUGCUGGUGCUCCAGUGUCUGCACAUCUUCUGGUUCGUGCUCAUUCUGCGCAUGGCCAUCAAGUUCCUUCCUGGCAAUCAUAUUGUGGAGGACGAGAGGAGCGACCGAGAAGAGACCGACGAUUCGGAGGAUGAGGACGAGGCCAUGCAGGAGAAGGAGAGAAGGGUCAAAACAAAAAAUGGACCACUGCAGAAUGGCCACUCUCCGUCCAACAACAACCACCGCAAGACGGAGUAAUGGAGCAGAGAGCAGGAGGAGAGAGGGUGAAGAGGAGGAAACGUGGUGACGUCCUCCCUGGCUGCAUGUAGCGCACCCUCAUACCACCUGGGCGAGAGCAGUAGACUGAGGCAGGGUGGGGGGGACACUCAAGUUAAAGAACUGGCCUAUAAACGCACACACGCACACACAUGCACACAUUUUACCAAGUGUUAAAGCUGAUUUAUCUUACACUCAAACACUAAUCCUAAUAGUCCCAGCAAACAAACUUGAAUAACCAUAAAUCCGUAAGUCUUUUUGGUCUAUGCACUAAAAUGCACUAAAUUCUAAAGAACAAACAAGGGGAUCUUGAAGCAGUGAAUAAAACCUGGACUUGUUCUUGUUGGAACUUCUCCACUGUCCAGUGUAUGACCUGCUUAGUGCCUUGUUAAAGGGGAAUUCUGACUUUUUUUUUAUUAUUAUUAUUAUUAUUACAACAGAAUUCAGUGGUUGAGAUGUAAAGUCAUUCAGAGUGGUUUGAUGUGAAACAGUUCAAUGUAUUGUAACAUUGUAACUUGCUAACUCCGAGUGGUGCUGAUAAGAACCAGGGGUCAUGAUAUGGUCAAAUAAUCAAUCCAGAGUGAACAGUGAGGCUUCUGAGUUUUGAUGGGUAAUAUUGAAGUGUGAUAUGUAAUAUUGAAUAUAGUUGUAAAUCUUCUUUGUUCUAAAACUUCUUGGGGCUUUUACUUAGAAUACCAUGCAUGAACCUCUGGAUUUAAAUAAAAAUAUAUAUUUUAGGCCGAACUCUUAUUGCAGAAGUAUCAAAAAACAAAAAAAAAAAAAACAGUUAUGGCUUGGAAUCUUUCUUUAGAACAGCGAAUCUCACAUAAAACCACUCAAUGACUUUGGUUACAUUCGCACCAAUUUAGUUGAGCAAAAUUUUAGAGAAAUUGGUGGAAUUCCACUUUAAAAGAAUACUUCAGUGUUUUUUAGCAGGAUCUCCAUCUACCAUGUCUGCAGCAUAUGCUUUAUUCCCACAGGCAAUAAUUUACUAUCCCUGUAUUUAGUAAAAGGAAGGCACUUAAAGCAGCUGCCCAUUGGCUUCUGUUAUAACUUUGCUUUUAUUUUCUGUGGUUGAACAUUACAGACGCAGCAGAUAAAUAUUAGCUUAUUAAAUGCUGAAGUAUUUGUUCGAUGUUGAACCCUCCCUCACCACCCACCUUUUAAGUUCUAGCCUGAUUCCCCUUCCUUCUCAUCACAUCAGAACUGAAGAGUUGCAAGUGUAGCGCCUUCAAACUAUUGGCUAAAUUUCCACUUCAUUCUGCGUGCAGCAUCCCCUUUUCACCAAGUGGCCUUUAGCUGAGUCUCCCUAUAUAUUCCUAGUGUACGUAUGUAUGCAUGCACACUCACACUGCCGAGAGCCCUCCUCACUCAACUGUCCUUAUUUCACUUGCACUAUUAUAUGUACUAUAUUGUCUGAUCUUGCUAUACACUACCGCUGCCCUAAAGAUUAUCUUGUAGAAGCUGGUUCUCGAGGACCACAGCAAUGCACAGUUGAGAGUUUUCCCAGUUAGAACACAUCUGACUCCUCUUAGUCAGUGAUCUCUUUAUGCUCUGCUUGCAAAUACAGCCCUUUGUAGUAGCUCUUGCUAGGUUUGGACAAGUUUGUGUCAAAAUAUGUUAUUCAGUGUUUGUUUAGUGUCUACAUCAUAUUGAGGUUCUGGGUUUGAGCUGGACUUUGCUGUUAUAGCUAAUAGGCAGAUUGGAAAUGAAUAUGAAUUUGCUGCAAAUCUGCUUGUUUGCGUCAAAGAAAAACCUGUGUUUGAUCUUUUCUUGGUAUUUGACCUGUUUGCUGCUUGUCAUUAGGCUAAAUGAGAUUUUUACCAAAAUGCUGUAAAACUUGUUCAACAUUGUAACAGUAGCUGCAAAUGAAUUUGUGGGCAGAGCAUCAACCACAUGAUGACUUGAGUGUGGUAAAUCAGGGAAAACACUGACUUGUGCAUGACUAGGACCAUCCAGGACUGCUGGGUUUGGCUGAGCUCAACCUUUUGUGCUGCCAUGACGUCCAACUGUGGGAACGACCAGAAGCUAAAUCACCAAAUGUUUAAACGUCCUGCCUUCUGUGUGUCAACUGUCUUCUUUUUUUUUUCUCUUGCAUUAUAAUGGGAGCUAAAAUAUGUAAUCAGCUGUAGAUGGUGUUCUUGCUUAAAUCAGCACAUCGGAGUCAUACGACUCGUCAAGAUUUGCUCUGAAAAAAAACAAAACAACUGCUACGUAUCGAAGGAGAGAAAUCGUUUUAAAAAUAAGCAGUUAUGCCAGUUUCAGUAGUGCUUAUUUCAUUUGAUCAAUUUGCCUUGCGUCUCUAAAACAAAGGAAAACAUUGAGAUUCUCUUUAAUUUUUUUAUUGUAUUUUUGUUUUAUCUUUGGUUUUUUUUAUUGGCUUUCGUUUAAUUUUUUAGGCCUAUUCAGUUGACUUAUGCCAUAAGCCAAUAAUACAGCAAAUUUUUCAGUUGGAAUUGCUUGUAUACAUUUCUUGUGGACUGAUAUUACCCAUUCUACACUUCAGCAACAUUGGCCUGCUGGAAAGAGAGAUAAAAAUCACCACCAGGUGGAGGUAGGCCUGUUCUAAAGUCAUGUCUAUAAUAAGCUGAACAGAAGUUCUCCUCACUACACCUUUUCAGCAGAGUCUGUUCUACUGAUGCUUUUGCAUCAAAGUAACAGCCAAACCAGCGUGUUAUCUUCCAUAUAUUAAGAGUAUGUCAGUAUUUGUUGAACUAUUUGCCGUCAGACGUACUUUAUAAAACAAUGCUAAGACAGACAGCUCAUCACAUAACUCAUCUGUAAGACAGCAGUGCUCCAACAUGACUCAAAUAGAGGCUUGUGCUUUAUAGGUUUUACGGGUAAUAACAUCCAUGUAGUAACAGGCCAUAUUCUUAAAUGUUUCCUGUUCAUUGUUCAAACUCAGUCAACGUUUAUACUGCAUCACGACCCGAAUGCUUCAUUAUGUCCAAAGUGUUAGAAUUGAAGAAGAGAACACUACCUGAGACAGACCAGGAAUAUGGUUGUUGAGGUCGUACGGUUUACAUGUUCAGGUCCUUGUUGUUUAUUUUGUUUGUAUUGGAGCAAAUGAAAGAUCCAGUCAUCAUGUUUAUCUAUGGUGUCCACUCAGUUUCUUGUUUUGUUGUGUUCUAUGCAAGUCGCCCAUGUAAGCGCCUUACUUGUUCUAUGUUUGUGCUCUCUUCUUAUCUGCUUAUUCACAUUCUUCUCUUGCUCUACAAGCACUGCUCCUCAACCCUGAUGCAAGCUAGAGGUGGGUAAUAUGGUGAAAAUCUAAAAUCGUGGUAUUUUAAGGCAGUUACAAGUAAAUGUGCUCUUACAAAGGUUUACUGUGCUCCAGUAAUGCAACGUUUUAAAAAGCAAUCAAAGACUGUUAGUUUAUGGUAGUAUGAGUUAUGCUUUUUAGGACUCGCAGUAUCACCAGGAACUCUCAAUCUUCCACAAACAGGCCUAGGAGCUUCCAGUUGAUCAGUAUAGAGGAACUCAUGUUGCUCACUAUAUGGUCAGAAAAACUUAUAAUGUCAUUUGUCCUAAUAGUGUUAUUAUACUGCCUUGCCGCCAUCAUUACUUUGGACCAUCCUGAAUCUUGCAACCCUUUCCACUCUACAGAGCCAGUCUGCUUUCCCUCCAAUGGAAAACCAUUACUGCGAAUGGGCUUAGCAUCAAUGUCUUUGUACAAGAGCUUCAGUUGCCGUGUAGCUCAUAAACACACACUGAUUGCUCUGGUUUUGCUGGGCUGAAUCCAGGAAGCGAAAGCUAGCAACUUUCGGGGUGGUUUUUACAUCAGCUAUCACAAGCCUCGCCAUAAGGACCACUUCAUUUUUUCCCCCCAACCUUUUUCUGUUUCUGUCUCCUCUUUAUCUUAGAACCAUCACUCUUUCCAGGCUAGUGGCCAAGACCAAUUCAGCCAAACAGCUCUCACCAUGUAUUGCCUUCAGUCGUCUCAAACACACACACAGAAACAUGAGUGUCUCAACUGCCAGUGUUUUUAUGUUGUAUUUUGUAUUGCCUUUAUGCAAUGUAAGAUAAAAGACUCUUGUGGAUAACCAA